GAAAUGCAUAAUUCUUUUGAUUGCUCAAUUACUUGGUAAAUUUAUGGAAAGAUCCGAACAUUUUGAAGAAGUAUAUCAUGAAAAAAAGACAAUUCCAAUAGGCGAAUGGGGUGGAAGAAUCGGUCAAGUGGGAAAAGAAGAUAUAGUCACAAGAAUGACAGCGAUAGGACCAGCAUUAUUUAAUUACAUGAAAAUAACGUCCAAGGAAUAUGAAGAUAUGAUGAAGCAAAGUAUCGAGGAAUUUAAUGAAUAUGAAACUUUUUUCGUUACGUACUUUUGA